AUGGACUUGCCAAGUGAUCUCAAGCAUCUGUUUCUGGCAUGGCUUGAAGAGGAGAGGGUAAAGGCCGAAAAGUUCAGUACUCAUCUGGCCUCUGUAUACUCGCGAGGCGUGGACAAUAUACGCGCGUCGCAGACGGUAUUCCAGCAUCCCAAACAGCUUGGUUCGGUCCAGGGUGUUGGACCUAAAACUGUGGCAUUGAUAUCAGCAAGAUUAAGCAAGUAUUGUGACGAGAAUGGGUAUAAGACUGUUGAAGAGAGUGUGAAAGCAUCUGAAGACAAGGCCAGAGAUGCUGCAGGAAACGAAGAAGAGGCCGAAAAUCCAACAAAUUCUAAGAAACGGAAACCUAGGAAGUCCGAUGGGAAUGCCAUGAAGAAGAAAACAAAGAAACAGUACGUGCCGGCGAAACGGUCCGGUGGUUACGCGAUUCUCAUUACUUUACACAGCUUUGACAGAAGGCGAUCUGGGAUGACCAAAAGCGAGAUCAUUAGUGAGGCAGCGCAAUUCUGUGAAAGCAGCUUCGACCCAAAUCCAGCAACAGGCCAGUUCUAUUCGGCAUGGCAGAGUAUGAAGACGUUACUGAAUAAGGAACUCGUUGUUUCGAAUGGAAGACCAGCUAGGUUUUCGUUGACUGAGGAAGGUUCACAAAUCGCCGAAACUCUGUGUCUUGAGGAUACCCCCAAACGACUUCUGAAAGACGUGGCUCCUCCCUUUCCAAUUCUGCAAGAGCUGGAGGUUCCAGAUAGGCCGUUUACGGUUUGGAACUCUGGGGACUUUUCAGUAGUUCUGUUGCUGGAUAACAGAGAGAUCAAGUCCAAGGAUAACAGAGGGUUCUUUGGUAACACACUACAAAGGAUGGGAGUGACAAACGAGACACGAGCACUCUCCAUUGGUGAUGCUGUCUGGAUAGCCAAACACAACGAGACUGGCAAGGAAGCCAUUUUGGAUUUCAUUCUGGAGAGAAAGAGACUUGAUGACUUGCUAAUGUCUAUCCGCGAUGGGAGAUUUUUGGAACAAAAAUCGCGACUCAGCCGAACGGGAAUCGAUCAUGUCUAUUAUUUGAUAGAAGAACAGUCGUCUCGAGACGUUUCGUUCAUGGGUGAUUCUCUUCAGACGGCUAUAAGUGCCACUAUCACCAACUCCAAAUUCCAUGUCAAACGCACGGCCGAUGCUGAAGAAACUGCUCAUUUUCUAAGAGAUUUGACUGGUUUGAUUGUGGAAUACUACAAGGACAAGUCACUGGCAGUAAUGCAACUCCAGAACCUGAAUAGUCAGUCAGAAUAUGCACGGAGGCUAGAAUUUCACAGAUCGCGGCUGGCCGAGGACACGAAAUGUGCACAUAGCUUUGAGACUCUCCAGGUAAUUCUUUCGAAAUCGGACAUGGCUACCGUGGGAGAGAUGUUCAUCCGAAUGCUGAUGGCUAUUAAAGGUGUUUCUCUGGACAAGGCGGUAGUGAUCCAGAGACGGUACGGAACACCGCUCAAGUUGGUAGAUGAGUACGAGAGGUAUACUGGGGAUGGGAGAAAAAUGCUACUGGAUGAGUUCAAAGGAGAAGUUGGCAAUAAGAAAAUCGGUCCUGUGUUGAGUGACAAGAUAUGGCAAGUGUGGGGAGGUGUCUGA